AAGAGUGAGUUUUCUGUGCUCAGGGUGGAGUUUAACAGCGGAGAAUAGAGGAGCACUUUAGGACAUUGCUUCGUCUAUGUGGUAGUCUAUACAGGGGAUGGAAGAUGCUUCUAACACUUGUCAGUUAGUACUUAAGUUACUCAGUAUUCUAGUUUUAAGUUACUCAGUUAGUACUUUAAUUUGGUCCCAGGUCCUACAGAUCCUGAGUUUUUUGCGGGUAGUGCAGUAGCAUUAUGGGGGCACGGUUGUGCACUGUUAGGUGGACGCCAGAUGGAGGGUGUCUAGAAUGUGUUCAGCUGUCGUCUGAGAUAAAUACGUGUCGUGGGGAGCUGUCAUCCAUGGAGCAGGAGCUGCAGAGGCUGCGGAGAGACACCAGUAUGAAUUCCUCCCAGCUCAGCUACGUGGAGGAGACCCUGCAGAAGACCCAGGGCCUACUGGAGGAGAAGAACGACACGGUUGUGGACUUGGAGGAGAAGCUCCACUGCUGUGAGGAGGACAGGCGGACCUCUGUGCAGCAUGUGAAGGAUCUGGAGGGACAGCUACAGGAGGUGCGCGAUGAGAUGCACGACACCCUAGAGAAACUACAGGAGCUGAGAGACCUGUUACAGGCCACGCAGCUUGGCGCAGAUGAACGACAGAUUUCAUUGGAGAAACUGUCCGCCGAGCUCAGAAGCGCUGCCAGCACACCGGAAGUAACACGUGCUGUCUAUGGACAGUGUAACCAUGGCAACCGCUGACCUGCCGAGCGCUGUGGAUUUGUGUCUGCGACUUCGUUGACAGACCGAUUUGGGAAGACUGGAUCCAAAGUCCUGCGUUUUGUUUUGGUUUUAACAAAAUGAAAACAUUCUUUAGUCAGAUUUAAUAAUCAUUGAUUUUGGAUGACCUUGUUUGUCUUUUUACUGUGACUUUUUACUACAUAAAAAAGGAAAUAUGAUAUGUGUAAUAUGUAUAUACUAUUUUUUUAAAGUACAUAUUACGUACUGUGCAUAACUUAUUUGUUGAGAAUUAGGUGCAAUGCUGAAAACGUAGCUCCUAUUUACACUGAAUCCUGACGUGAUCAUCAUCAUCAUCAUCAUCAUCAUCAAGGGAAAGCCUCCGUUUCAAGAGGAGGAGGCUAACUGCACUAUACAGUGGCAGGCUGAGUUGGUCUCUGUCAUUCAUUAUAUGGAUCAUUCUAUUUGUAUUAUAUAUUUCAGAAUGUAUUGUUUUUAGAAUGUAUAAAUUGUGUUUUCUUAUGAGGCUUUGUCGCAGUGCGGAGAACAAAGAGCAGUUGCUUUGGACACACACACACACACACACACGGAUAUCAAGCACCCGUGAUGAGUCAUAAAUCAUUUGAUACACAUGAUCUCUUUGUGUACAUAGAGACACAGAACAGGAUAUUAGAUUUUACGUCCUGUUCUCCAUUCCAAAUACAAUAUCACUCUUGUCUGUCUGGUAUGGAGUUAAUGCCCUCUGUUUGAUACCAACCAGCCACAUCUUUGGCUAACAUCUUUGUCAAAUACACAGUUGUCCCCCAGCCAGCAUGACUUGAAAAGUUGACAGUGUCACCACUGUCAAAGGGCACGCUCUAACCGGGUUUAUGUUAUGGGGAUUAUUGUGAAGCUUUGACAUGUAUACACGUGGAUCGUCUCUCAUUCAAACAUAAUGACAACUACAGCAACACCUGAUGAUCUGUAAAAUCCUAUUGAACAGCUACUGUGCUGUAACUCCUCCCCUCAGGCAUGGAUGCAGUAGAAUUGAAGUUAAACUAAAGGCAUCAAAAAGACUACGUUCUGUGACUGAGUACAGGCUGUCUGAGGGGAUCAGAAUCACUUAUCUGGGUCACACACUGAUUCAUCUCUCCUGGACAGAACUACCUAAACAUGAACAUCUGACCAAAUUGCGUGAGAUUUUUUGUUAUGGGUUAACUGAGAUUACACACUGACUAGUUAUUUAGGAUGCAAGGUGAUUUGUUGAUCAGUGACUCGGACUGCGAUGCAGUUCAUCUCAAACGCACACAACAUCUCUGCAUUACAGUCGCAAGUAGUUUUCCUUUGAUUCCCUCCUGUGUGUGAAACAAAAUGCCCUUUACUCAGAGGUGAUCAGAUGAGAUCUUGAGUGCGUGUGUGUGAUUUCACAGUUGUGCCGGUGCUUCUGGGUAGGUUCCCCAGCUCCACAUAACAUGCCUUCAGAUCCACCGUGUGUGUGUGUGUGCGUGUGUGUGAGGCAACAUUAACUGUGUGGCAUGCCAUAGUAUAUUUAAUUUGAAUGGCCAAAGUCUUAAUGGAUGGAAUUAUAAGAAAUAAGGCCUUUCUCUCUCUGUGUGUGUCUCCCUCCUCUUCCUCAGCUGGGCCAGUUGGACGUGGUCAUCAGAGACCAUACCCUGGAGAUAGACAAAAAGGCUCAGUCCCUACAGCAGACUGGACCAGAGAAAGAGGUUAAAGACUGAGACAGACAUCAUAAAGGCCACAUUACACUCAUUUGGAGUUGUUGUUGGCCCUGGAAACCACAUACUCUCCAUUCUGGUAUAGUGAUAAAUGUGAAGAGCUGUUGAUGAGUUAUGGUAUUAUUAUACUGAUGGAUGGAGAGAUGAGUUAUGGUAUUAUUAUACUGAUAGAUGGAGGGAGAGAUGAUUUAUGGUAUUAUUAUACUGAUGGAUGGAGAGAUGAGUUAUGGUAUUAUUAUACUGAUGGAUGGAGGGAGAAAUGAGUUAUGGUAUUAUUAUACUGGUGGAUGGAGAGGUGAGUUAUGGUAUUAUUAUACUGAUGAGGGAGAGGUGAGUUAUGGUAUUAUACUGGUGGAUGGAGGGAGAGAUGAGUUAUGGUAUUAUUAUACUGGUGGAUGGAGGGAGAGAUGAGUUAUGGUAUUAUUAUACUGAUGAAUGGAGAGGUGAGUUAUGGUAUUAUUAUACUGAUGAGGGAGAGAUGAGUUAUGGUAUUAUUAUACUGAUGGAUGGAGGGAGAGGUGAGUUAUGGUAUUAUUAUACUGAUGGAUAGAUGGAGGGAGAGGUGAGUUAUGGUAUUAUUAUACUGAUGGAUGGAGGGAGAGGUGAGUUAUGGUAUUAUUAUACUGAUGGAUAGAUGGAGGGAGAGGUGAGUUAUGGUAUUAUUAUACUGAUGGAUGGAGGGAGAGGUGAGUUAUGGUAUUAUUAUACUGAUGGCUGGAGGGAGAGAUGAGUUAUGGGAUUAUUAUACUGAUGGAUGGAGGGAGAGAUGAGUUAUGGGAUUAUUAUACUGAUGAAUGGAGAGGUGAGUUAUGGUAUUAUUAUACUGAUGAAUGGAGAGGUGAGUUAUGGUAUUAUUAUACUGAUGAGGGAGAGAUGAGUUAUGGUAUUAUUAUACUGAUGGAUGGAGGGAGAGGUGAGUUAUGGUAUUAUUAUACUGAUAGAUGGAGGGAGAGGUGAGUUAUGGUAUUAUUAUACUGAUGGAGGGAGAGGUGAUUUAUGGUAUUAUUAUACUGAUGGAUGGAGGGAGAGAUGAGUUAUGGUAUUAUUAUACUGAUGGAUGGAGG